CUGCGAGAGAAAAACGUCGUAAUUGUGAGGGACUCAGAAACACUAGGGAAAAAGUCUAAAAAGCCAUGCACUCGUCAUUGUUUAAAUUCCAGGCUGACGUAGAGACGUUCAAUACAACCCCUGUCGAGAGUUUUCCUCAACAACCUCUCAUUCUCAAAAAGGGAGAAAGGGGGGAAGAGUGGAAUUCCUGCUCCUCCUCUGUACAGUACCAGACCACUGCCGGAGUGACUCAGUUCACACAGAGGUGGGCGUUCAUCAGCUCCACUUUCAAAAUCACUGCAAUGAACAGCAGUGAAUGCAGUCUUUUACGUCGCCGAGCACCUUUCAGGGAUGACGCGCGGACGGUGACCUUUCCGCGAGGAUACGGGGAGAGAGAGCGCGCAUGCCGAACGCGGCGCGUCACCUGCGCGUCCGAUGCGUAAAAGCGCGCGCACUGCGGUUCCGCCGCGCUUCUUCUGAAUCUGGAAAUUAGGAUCAGGAGGUUAUUGGGUGAAGCGAAUUGCCCUCCUUUGUUCGCGCGGAUGAGGGUCUGACGCGUUCCCGGGGGACUUUCAGUCGCGGUUCACACACACACACACACACACACACACACACGCUCUCUCUAUGCUGCUAUGACUCCCUGCAUGCGUCUGUAUUGUGAUCUGGUUGCUCUUCGCAAGCUGCUGCUGCUGCUGUUCUUCAUCUCGGUGCUGCUCGUGUGUGUCAGGUCCGAUUCGGCGGAUAACCGAUGCUUGUCAUCCCUCAUCUUCACAUGUGAAGACUGUCUGAGACGCGGCCCUGAAUGUGCCUGGUGCUCUCAGGAGAGGUUUCUGGACGGGGCUCAUGUGAGUCAGCGAUGCGGAUCUGUGUCUGACCUGCGAGUGCGGGGCUGUGAAGAGGCUUUUAUCCAGAACCCGAAUGUGAAAGUGAAAGUAAACGCCACUGUCGGCAGCUCACAGGUGUCACCGAGAGAGAUCGACAUCCACCUGCGACCAGGCGGCGAGGCGUCGUUCGUGGUGGAGGUGCAGCAGCUGGAGCGCUAUCCUGUGGAUCUGUACUAUCUAGUGGACGUCUCGGCCUCCAUGCAGGUUUAUCUGGACCGGCUGAAGACGGCGGGUCUGGCUCUGUCUCAUCUGAUGAAGGAACACUCCAGCGACUUCAGAGUCGGCUUCGGCUCGUUCGUGGAUAAACCGCUGUCUCCUUACAUCGACGUCCAUCCCUCCAAACUCCUGAACCCCUGCAGUGAUUACGAGGUGAACUGCAGACCGGCUCACGGCUUCAUCCACGUCCUCCCCAUCACACACAACAUGACGGAGUUCACGAGGGUCAUCCAGGAGCAGAGGAUCUCUGGGAACAUGGACACGCCGGAGGGAGGCUUCGACGCCAUGCUGCAGGCCGCUGUCUGCCAGAAAGACGUGGGAUGGCGUCCCGAAGCGAAGCACCUGCUGCUGGUGAUGACAGACCAGCCGUCUCAUCUGGCUCUGGACAGUAAACUGGCUGGGAUCGUGGUUCCUCACGACGGCCGCUGCCAUCUCGAGGAUAACAUCUACUCCCAAACCACCACCAUGGAGCACCCAACAAUCGCUCAGCUGGCCGAGAAGCUUCUGGAGAACAGCGUUUACUCCAUCUUUGCAGUGGACCAGGUGCAAUACCGGUGGUAUGAGGAUCUGCUGGACCUGAUUCCUGGAAGUUACGUGGGCCCACUCGUUUCCAAAGCAUCAAAUCUAAAAGACUUAGUAGUGCAAGCCUACAAGAGGCUGCUGUCGGAUGUGGAGGUGCAGAUCGGGCUGGAGGACGGCCAGGCUCAGCGCUUCCAGGUGAACGUCUCGGCUCUCUGUCCCGACGGAUCCACUGUCUCUGGAAACACAAAGUGCUCCGGCGUUCGGCCCACACAAACAGUCUCCUUCAAGGUGACUGUAGGAAUGAUGGGGUGUCCGGAGGACGGCGGCGAUCGAGAUGUUGUGAUGUCCGUCAGGCCCGUGGGCUUUAACGAGUCGGUGAGCGUCCGGAUCCGUCAGAGCUGUGUCUGCGGCUGUGCUCAGACGGGCCUCUGUCGGGAUGACCCCUCGUCCUCGGACUGUCCCGCGGACACCAGCUCCUGUAGAGCGCACCGGGGCGCAGCCGUCUGCAGCGGACGAGGGCUCUGUAAGUGCGGGACGUGUGUGUGUGACUCCAGCAGACUGGGACACAUCUACGGGAAGUUCUGUGAGAUGGACGACUUCUCCUGUCCGUAUGUGAAGGGCCGGGUGUGUGGAGGACACGGCCGGUGUGUUUCGGGUGAAUGUGUGUGUCUCUCUGACUGGACGGGUGAGUCCUGCGACUGUCCCGUCUCCACCGAGAGCUGCGUGUCGGACGACGGCUUGAUUUGCAGCGGCUGGGGAAAGUGUGUGUGCGGCAAGUGUGUGUGUGACGACGCUCGGCGAUCUGGAGCCUUCUGUGAGAAAUGCCCCAUCUGCUACAGCUCCUGUCAAUCACACUGGAGCUGUGUGAGGUGUCACCUGUCUAAGGGCCUGGGGUCAGACGCUGUGCAGCUCUGUAAUCACAGCUGUGCUCCGGCGGUGCAGUAUGUGGACGACGUCUCAGGUACUACAGCACAAACACAGAGAGAAACACAGGAGGCUGCGGUGCGUCUGAAUGAACUGUGCUGUUGUUCAGAUCUGCUGCGGGGGAAACACUGCCUGUAUCCCAGCAGUGAGAAGUGUCAGCACCGAUUCCUGGUGGACUUGGCUUCGGAUCGGCCUCAGCUGCACAUCAGUCCACAUCCUGUGUGUGUUUGGAGUCGGCGGUACUUAAAGACGUUCCUCAGCACCUUCCUUCUGACCGUCACGCUGGGGAUCGGUAUGCUGGCCGUCGUCCGACAGCUGCUGAGAGCUGGAAACUGUUCGUGGCAGUCCAACCCUGAUCCACAGUUUGACCACAGCCGCAAGAACUCAUACGUCCCCACGACCAACGAGAAGACGAUCACGUACAGGCGGGACAGUCUGCCGAAUCUCCCCGUGGAGAUGCACGCACACAUGCCCAAGAAGCCCCUGAGCGACGCCUGGCAGUGAUGACCAGGGUCAAAGGUCGUCUAGAACCAAAGCACUACCUGAAUGAAAACACAAUCUUUCUCUUUAAGCACUUACUUCACGAGAGCAAUAUCCAGCGUGGGUUUUCUGACGGUGUUUUUCAUUCAGUUUCUCAUUUGUGAUGUUGAAUGGCAUUAAAUCUCUUGUCCUGAAGCCACACAGAAAAAGAGAUGAUACGGUAAACCCUUAAUGACGCGUUCACCUCAAUAGGCCAGUUUUCUGCUGAGUUACUGUUUGCUUGUGUCUGUGAGCGGAUGUGUAGGUGUGUUUGUGAUAUUUGUACUUGUUUUAUUUUAUUCGUAUAUAUGGUACAGACUCUGGCUGUGUUCAGAAUAGCGUACUUACAUACUGCGCAUACUAUUUCUGCAGGACGCAUGCAGGAAAUACACAGACCAAUGCAACAGGCUUGACACUUCCAGUGUAAUGAUGCUUUGUUUGGACUUAAUAACUAUAUUAUCAAUUAAUCAAGUAAUCAAUUAAAUUAAAUAUUUUUUAGAUUUAUAUGAUUUUCAUUUCAGUUUACAAUUUAGUAAUUUUACGUGCUUUUAUUAUGUUUGAAUAUGAAUAGAUGAAAGCUAAAUAGAAAUAUUACAUAUAAAUGUGAUGUUUUACAUUUAUUUUUACAUUUUUUAUUUUUAUUUUAUUUUAGUAGGCUACUUUAAAUUCUGUAAUGAUAAUUUGAGCAGAUUAUUAUUAUAUUACUUUUUUAAUAGCAGUGUUCACAGUAUGCACCUUAUUUUGCGACACGGAAAUAAACUAUUUUAUGUGUGUAGUCCAGUAAAAGUAAAACUAAUUUACUAUUUUAGACUACAAAAUAGUGUUUAUGAUUAUGGUAAUAUGUUAAAAUAAUAUGAUAAGCAAUAAUACAGCUAAAAUAACUGGACGCGACUGAUACCGGAAGUCUCGCGAAUUCAAAUUAAAAAUGGCGCGCCGAGCUGAUCCUGUAUAGUAUGCAGUAUGCAGUACUCACUUCUGAACUUAGUGUUUAGGAAACCCUGUAGUGCUGACUGGGAUGAGUACCCCACCUAGUGUUCAACACACGCUUAACCACUUUUUAAGGGUUUUUUUUUUCUGAUUAAUUUUAUUUAUUUAUUCUGUAAUGAACAUGGCAUUGGGGUUUUAUUGAAUGUGUUCAUAUUUAAGCAGAUUUCUCAGAACUGUAGCCUAAGUUAUUUUCCAGCACUCUUCCCAGCUCAACUUGUUUCCUUAUACAACUGGAGUUUUGAGGAAGUUUCUUCCUACACUAGUUUACUGUAUGUGCAGAUCUGUGCUUAGCUGCUGGUCGGUAUUUAAAUCUGUUGUCGUGUACUACUGAGGGCCCUUGUGUCCCGGACAGCGGCCCUGUAAGGCAGUGAUGGUACGAACCCUCGAGGUAUCCAUAGCAUUCCUGUGGCUCUAAUAAAUCCUGUUUUAACACACUGUUUACAUUGGGAGAACAUAUUUAUUUUUAGUAUUUGUUUUACUCUCUCUUUUGUUAGAAUUUUUGUUUUUGAACAGAUCUGGGGUGCAUUUCUCAAAAGCAUAGCAACUUUGUUGGUUGCAAUACAAUUUCCCAUUACCAACCAACUAAGUUGCUAACAGGUUAGCAACUAUGCUUUUGGGAAACGCACCCCUGGUUGCCUACAGAGCAAUAUUGUUAGCAUGUGUACCCGCACAUUUCUGACUGAUAUGUGAAUGUACCUGUGUAAAGCAAACGUCACACCAGCCAUUCUGGUUAUGCUUUGUAGCCUGUGUAAUGAAAUAAAUAAAUGAAUAAAUAGAAAUCAUAACACUGUU